AUGGGAUGCUUGCAAUAGAAAAUCUCAAAGAAGGAGUAAUUGCUCGAGUUCCCUAUCUAAAAUUUAUCAAAUGGACCAAUAACCAUGAACAAAAAAAUAAUAUUGUACCAUAUCUAAUGUUACAACAGAAAAUACUCCCUUAAAUCCAUUGGUAAUAAAUAAAACUAUAUUAAGACUAAAGUACAAUCUUGAAGAGAAGAAGAACCAAAGAAUAAAUAACUGAGCAAUCCUCACCAACUAAAAUUUACAAGUGA